UUUUUAUUGCAGUAGAGGUGGACGAUUCGGUGGUCCCGGUGGGUAUAAAUACGUUACACAUCCCUACACUCCACCAGUCCGGCUCACGGUACGAACCUGGAAGCAACAACUACCAGCAUAACCAUGUACAAACUGUUGGCGCUGUCUGCCCUGGUGGCCGUGGCGAUGGGAGCUGUUGCGGAGAUUGCCAAGGACGUCGUUCCCAUCGUCAAGCAAGAAAACGUCAUCAGCCCCGAAGGAAACUUCCACUACUCGUUCGAGUCCGGCGAUGGCACCCGCGCCGAGGAGGACGGCACGCUGGUGAAGUCGCAGGACCCCAAGGAGCCCGACACGAUCGCGGUGCGCGGCAGCGUGUCGUACACGGCGCCCGACGGCACGCCCGUGCAGCUCACCUACACGGCCGACGAGAACGGCUUCCGGCCUGAGGGCGCCCACAUCCCCGUGCCGCCGCCGGUGCCCGAGGCGAUCGCGCGCGCCCUCCAGUACAUCGCCGAGCACCCGCCCCAGCCAGAGGUGAUCGCCGCCAAGAAGCAGUAAAAGACGUCGCUGAUCCUCUGGCGGCACCGGCGCUCCUGGUCACGUCGGCCAGGAUGGCGCCCGUCGCACGGUUCCCCUGAGCACUGCCCGACAGGGCAGCAUCUCCGUCACCCCACUACUUCGACGACGACCCAUCGCUCUGAACACUGUCCGCUGGCCGCCGUGCGGCCAGUCCCCCCCCGUCUCUGUAACGUUUUCCCCGCCGCAGUCCCUCGUCUCCCCACAGUCCCCUUCCAAACUCUUCAGCAAGCUUUUAUUGUAAUUUUUGUAAAUCGCAACUGUAUAAUAAAAGCACAUGUAUAUACAUCAAAA